AUGCCCGUCCCAACUCACGCUGUAACGGAACCUGAAGUUCUCCCACAAUUCGACAAAGACAUUCGUGAUGUGCAUCUGAUAUAUGACUACGCAGCCCACGACGAGAACGGGAAUCCCGAGAAAUGGAAAUAUGAGAUGUGGUUCUUUUCCCAUAAUCGUAUCGUCUACGCAAUCCAUGGUGGGCCGAUGGCGGGCCGCUUGAACUAUCAGACCGCCUCAUACCAGUGCAUCCGUCCCGGCGAACUCUGGCAGUGCAAUUGGCUUGAAGAAACCGGCACCGUUUGCUCCCUCGUCUACGAUAUUCCGCGCAAGAAGAUUUCUACCCUCCUCGCUUUCAGCCAGGGCCAUUGGGAGCACGCGCAAGAGGCGCACGGGGACAAGAGGAAUGCGGAGGAUUUUAAGCGGUGGAGAGGGUUGGCGACUAUAGGGACGCAGAAGGAUCGGUUCAUGUUGAAUGAACAAGCUGAUAUUCUGGAGACCUUUAGAGGGAAAGGCGAGUUGGUGCCAAUUAAGGACGAGGAUGAGACGCUGUGA